AUUGGUAAAACUACCGGAAACAAAAUCCGAAAUUGCAGCAGUCGCAGGUUUGAAUCGGUGGCUGAUGUACAAUUGAAGCAAAGAAGAGGAUACAUCUGGGCAAUCGCAGAUGGUCUCAAUGCAGCUCUUGCCGCCAUCUCUGCCAAGUUCUUCUCAUCUCUCGUGAUCAAGUAUGGGUUAGUUGUAAUGUGCAAUGUGGUUAUGUGGGCAUGUUAUGUAAACAGUUUAAGAGCUCUCUCGUCUUUACAAGCUACUGUUACAAACUUUGCUGCUAAUUUCCUAUCUUCCGGUUUAGCUGGUCUCUUUCUUUUUCAAGAAUCUUUAUCCUUCCGCUGGUUUGCAGGAGCUUUAUCGAUUACCAUUGGAGUUCUGAUCCUCAGUAAGUCGAGUGUCGAUAAGAAGGUUAGCUCCGAUUAGUCAAGAAUCGAUACGAUAGCUUUUUUCUUUUGGAGAAGGUUGCUUUUGGUUUCUAGCAGUUAGAGAUGUUAAGUUGUUUUGAGUUUUGAGUUUUUGAUUAAAGGAAACGUAGUCAAUAUGCCAAUUUGUAUCAAUGAUUUUGCA